CGAUGUUGCACGCGAUUCUAUCUCCGGAGCUGAGCGAAGAACGCCCGGGAGUUUGUGCCUGUGUCAUUUUAUCCGCACAGGGACAUUUGUAUUCACGUAGCGAAUAAAGAAACAGAAACUCCUCGCACAGUUUUGUCUCUGCGGAGGGUGUGGAGUGGAAGCGUGACGCGUUACGUCAUUCACAGCCUGGCCGUGUGCUCCUGCAGUUCAACAAGAGUCAUAAACUUUCAGAACUCUCUUUAUAACUAGCAGGAUCAACCUGACAGCCUCAUUCCGCGCGUCACCUUUGCAUUUGUGUACUUCCCUCCCAUGUCACGUUACCAUCUAUUCGUAUAGCAAUAACUUUCUAAUGGGACGUCUCCCGGUUUCUUAGCGCACAAAUACGCAAGCAUAUUUCAGAGCCGCAGCCAGUCUAUCUGUUUGCUGAUCACAUAACUUUUCAGACCAGUCUCCUCUGUAAUGCCGUCUCUGCUGCGCGGACCUCUUUGCCUAAAGCUGGGGCGGGUUGUUGAGGGCGUGUCUCCAACCUGACCGGAUGGCUGACAGGGACUUAGUGAAGAAGAUGCUGCGGGCCACCCUCCAGGCCAAUAAGGGCGGCCUGCCCCUGUCACGUCUGCAGGCAGAGUACAAAGAGCUGACUGGGGAGCAGAUACCACAUAAACAGAUGGGACACAACCACCUGGACGCAUUCCUGGCCAACGUGCCCUCCGUCGUCCGUGUGGAGCGCAGCCGCUCUGGGGAGAUGCUGUACUUUGCCUCAGGCGCCAGCGAGACGGGCCACACAGCCAAGGUGGUGGCUCGCCAGCGCACCUCCAAGAAGACGGGCCGACCCCACCUGGUUAACACACACAUGAGGGUCAAACCAGCAGCACCUCUGGUGCUCAACGCCAAACCUCAAACCUCCCUGCGACAGCCAAAUCACAGAGGGCGAGGCGGAGGCAGAGGGGGAGGUGGGGGCCGAGGGGCUGGACAUGGAGACUUCAGACAGGCCAGGGACCUGAGGGAUGGCCAGUCGGAGGGCAAGUCUGGAGUACAGUCGAACAAGAUGUCCAACCAGAGCCCGCUCAACCGAAAAGGGAAUCCACCUGCAGAGAAGUCGGACAAGAGGAUGACUCUCCCGGCGCGGUUUCAGAAGGAGGUGCAUGCUCACCUUUCCAGAAACCCACAGCAGAGCAGUGCACCCGUGAAUCUGAACGAGAGCCUUGGCUCCGGGAAAGCCAAGCCCUACAACCCUCAGCAGAUCCAGGGUCGCAUCAGGGAGAUCCUGGAGAAGUACAGUAACGGGUUUUGGGUGUCCAAGCUGCCUCAGAUGUACAGAGAACUGUUCAAACAGGACCUGCCCACCGAGGCCAUCAAAGACCUGGAGACAUGGACGCAUAUAUGCAUUGUAGAGAGGACCUGCAGUAGCAACACAUCCGAGCUGCUCCUCUACCCCGCCAAAGAACACAGCCCGCGAUCGUCCAUCCUCCAUUCGAACUCCCCCGCUGCCCCUCCCUCGCCUGCCAGCACCCCCACAGACACAGCCCUGCGUUCCCCUGCUCAACAGAAACCCCCCAACACCUACUUGACCCGCUCCGGUUCCCGCUCCCCUCAGUCUCCGCCGUCGUCCUCCUCCUCCCCCAGCCCCCCUUCCUCCCCUGCCAGCCUGAGCCCGGACCUGAAGCUCAAGCUGGAGGAGCUGCUGGUCAAAUACUCCAAUGGCCUGUGGGCCCACGCGCUGCCCAAGCUUUUCCAGGACACCUACAAAACCAAACUGCCUGGGCACGUCCUGGAAAAUCUUCAUCUCAUUACGGACAUCUGCACCAUUGACUACCCAAUGCCUGACAACCCCAAGAGAGCCAUUCUGUACAGGAGGAGCAGCGCUGGCGGAGGAGGCCCCGACGAGAACUGCAACAGGAGGAACUCGUCGGCCAGCGAGGAGGAGCUGAGAGUGAGGCAGGAGGUGGGGAGGAGGCUCAGUAACCAGGCAGUGCCUUCCCUGCAGAUCCCUAAAGAGGAGUAUCCCUCUGUGCUGGUGGUGGAGGCCACCAACACCAACGGAGUCGUCCUCAGGUACAUCGGCGAGGGUUACUCCAAGGCCCAGGAGCACAUGGAGGAUGAGAUGAGGGAGUUUUACGGCUUGGACCAAAGCGGCGCAGCUCCUCUGCCGUCUCCUGCCUCCGGCCAACUUGUUGCUGUCAGAGCCGAAGAAGAGGAGGAGAUUCUGCGGGCACAAGUCUGCGACACCGUGGCCGACAAGCUCAAGGUCUACUAUGUGGAUCACGGGUUCUCAGAGGUGAUCAGUAGAACCAAAGUCUUUGAGCUACAUGAGAGGUUUUUCAAACUGCCUUUUCAGGCCACCAAGUGUAAACUGGCAGGCCUGGAGCCCUUCUGUCAGGAACCUGCAGUGCUGAAGAAGUUUGAGCUCAUGGCAAGCGGGAGGAUCCUGUUGGCUGAGAUUCUGGAGCGGCGGCAGACGCCGCUAGUCGUCCUGUACGACACGUCGCAGGACGACGACGUCAACAUCAAUGCCGCCUGCAUGAAAGCGCUGCAGGACAAGACGCUGGCGAGCCCGUUGCAGGUGAACAGUGCGUAUAUGAACGUGAUCGUCAGCAGCGUGUGCUCGGACGGGACCAUCUACUGUCAGCUCCCCUCCAGAGGCCUGGUGAAGCUGAACGAGAUACUGGACAACAUAGAGACGUACUUCCACUCGCAGGUAACGUCGGAGUUCCUAGUAUCCAGACCGUUUUGUGGCAAGGCAUGCUUGGCUCGCUACAAAGGCAAAUGGUCCCGUGUAGAGAUCACCAACCUCCACGGCAGCAGAGUGUUAGACAUCCUGUUCGCUGACAUAGGGGUUCAGGCCUCCGUAGAGGUGUUUGAGCUGAGAGAAAUCCCCCCGCCAUUCCUCCGGGACCUCAUGGCGAUCCCUCCACAGGCCGUGAAGUGCUGUCUGGCAGACCUGGCUCUCAGCGUUGGAUCCUGGACUCCAGAUGCGGUCCAGUGGCUUCGAGAGAAAGUGCUCAGCACCACUGACUGCAGCAUGAAGGUUGCUCAGGUGGAUGAAACCAAGCACUGCGUCUACGUCCACCUGUUUACUGAUAAGAACUUCCACGACCCGGCCCGCAGCCUGAACCAUCAGAUGGCCCAGUCUGACUUGUUUAAACAGCAGCCGGAUGUGUUUCUGACAAGCCACAGUCCUGCUAAGAUCUUCACGCCCACCUUAUCCUCCAAGACGUCCAGCACCAGUGUAUCCAGUAACACCAGUCCCACUUCUGUUCCUCCAAAGCCGCAUCUCAGAAGAGCUCUGUCCGGAGCUAAAGGGGUUUCAGGAGGAAGCGCAGGCUCCACCGACGUACCAGAAACACCUUCGUCUCCAUCAUGCUCCCUGCAGCUGCCACCGCUACUGGAGCUUCCACUAGCUGGAAACAAUUUGGAUGUGUAUGUGUCAGUGGCCUGUCACCCCGGCCACUUUGUGCUGCAGCCCUGGAGAGAUAUGUACAAACUGGUGGUGCUGAUGGGGGAGAUGAUUCUGUACUACAACAAAUGUGAGGAGAAACCUGUCAACAUAGAGAAGAAUCAGAUUUAUGCAGCUAAAGUGGAAAACAACUGGCAUCGCGUGUUGGUGAAGGGGGUUCUGAGCAACGGCUUGGUGUCGGUCUAUGAGCUGGACUACGGUAAACAUGAGCUGGUCAGCUGCACCCAGUUCAGACCUCUCAUCAAGGAGUUCAGACAGCUGCCGUUCCAGGGGAUCACUGCUCAGCUGGCCGGAGUGAAGCCGAGGCAGUGGUCAGAGGAGGCCGCCAUCGUGUUCAGAAACCAUGUGGAGAAGAAACCACUGGUGGCCCAGUUGGAAGCCGUGCAGGAAGCCACGAACCCGUGGGACAGGAAGUUGACCGUCUUCCUGGUCGACACGUCGCAGGAAGAGAAGGACAUCUGGGUGCAUGACAUCAUGUCUGAGUUCGCCGAUGAGCUGAGCAAUGAGCCGUAGACAGAGAUCACGUAGUUGAGCUCAGUUGUGGAUAGAUGAAAAGGAAAACGGCUCCGUCUUUCUCUGUAUUAUUUAGAUGGCGAAUGACAGGUGAACUAAAAGGUUUGGUAGCACGUAGAGACCGGAAGUGACAGAAAUUCCAUCACGGCCGACCACUUGCUUGCGUUAUGGACUCUAUCAUGUGUGAUGUGGUUUUGAGUAAGUGCAGUGUGAACCUUGAGACAUGUCGCACUGGCUACACCUACGUCAAAGUGCAGUGGAGUCACUAAGCCGUGAAACACAGCACCACGCUUUCAUACGGGCUUCAAUCCAAAGCAGCGUCAUUGAGCAUGAGUGCAUCCACACGUGGCGUCGCCCUCAGCCCUGCCAGUGUUAAAAGGCACAAAGGUUACACAUUAUCUGAGCCGAGCUGCUCCCACGUUGCUUUUUCCCGAAUCUGAUGGAUAAAAAUGAGGAGACGCGGUCGAGUCAGGAUUUUAUUUUGUGAUGAAUUCAUUUAUACUCUUAAAAUUUGAACAUUUAUUCAGUGGCUCAGUGGUGGACAGUGUCUUAAAUGACUAUAUAUUGUUGUUUUUACAGUUGCUGCUCUUUAUUAGCAGAGAGCCUUGUGUUUACUGAUCGAGCAGGACACAGAAACAGAGCAUCACAACAGAUUCCAUGUCAGGAAGGUAAUAUGACGAAAAAGCAAGUGUCAUCUCUAACGCAGUGGCUCCAUCUCCUCUCAGCAACACUGAUGCUAAUGUGACUUUGUUUUAAUGACUCCAGUGCUUGACGAUGACAUUUCUUCUGGCUGAUUAUACUGUAUGUGCUGCAUGUUGCACAUACUUUGUGUGCGCCUAGAUGUCGUCGUUAUAAAAGAAGCAUAUUCAGUUACCAGUAGUGUUGAACUAGGAUUUAAUGACUAUGGGAGAAUUUGACUUCCUGCAUCUGAUCUGGUCCUCAUCAGAUUUUAGCCUGACGCUAACGUUUUCCUCAGACACACAUGAAGUCUGGUUCCAGAUGUGCAAAAUCUUCUCUUCAGAUGACUUGAAUUUAAUUUAUAUUUAACUUAUAUUUUCUAGAUAAUAAUUACAUCAUCAUAAUGACAGUUUAACAAAGGACAAGGGGGAAUAAAAGACGUUUUUGAAAUAAAGUCUUAUGGAGACGA